CGAACCAAGGGUGCUCCAGCGGGGGCGCCUGACAGUGUGAAGGCAUUUUGAGACGCUUCUUUGGGGCCUUGGCGCCGGUGUGGUGCGUGCAGCAGAGCGUUACUUGGACUGCCAAUUUCGUGAGGCCGCCGGGCCCUCUCCCAAACACUCCCUCGACUCACACGACACCCUUCCGCAGCCAGCGCCGCCGUCACCCAGUCUGGCUCGUCCUGUGAUCCAGCCGAGCCGACCUGCGGUGUCUGCGCUCUCCGCCCGCUGCUUGCCGCGUACAUGGUAGCGAAGGGGAAGAGGAGCCAGGCGAACCGCACGACCAGAGACAACGAGAAUGGCCUCGCCGCGCCCGUCGGAAAGCGCAUUUCCAGGCAGCGCAGCAACCCGCACCUCAACGGCCACGCCAAUGGGACCAAACUGCCGUCGCCGCCGCCGCCCGCGGCCAACGUAGACGACCCGAUGACGCAGCCGGCCGCCGCCGCCGCAGCAUCUGGCUCCGCUGAAGAUGCUGCUGCCUUUGCCAGCACCGCCGCCCCGGCUGCGUCUGCCUCUGCCAGCACCCCCGAGGAUCGCGUGCGCGCGGGGUCCAACGUGUCGCUCGACGGCCUCGAGGCCUGCCGCCCGUACGACGCCGACCCCUUCGACUCCGCCCCCAGCGCCCUCGCGCGUGCUGCCAAUGGCACAAAGACCCCGCCCGUCUACAUGCCCAACAUGCUCACCGUGGCCACCACCAUUCUCUCGUCCUGUCCUCUGCGGGACGUCCUCGCCAUCCUCAUCAUUCUCCUUCAGCUGCCGCCCACCGUCCUGACCGUGGUGCAGUUCCUAUUUGCAACCCUCACCUUUGUCCCUCCCCAAGCCGGAACCCCUCUCUCUGCCCUCUCCGCAUUUCCCUCAUUCACCGACAUCUUCCAGGGCUCCGGCGGGACGCCCUCCCUCUUUACCAUUGUCUUCGCUGAUGCCCUCAUACUGGUGCUCUGGCUGGUACUGUGGGUCCCUGUACAGAAUUUCUUCUUGGACCUGGCGCAGGCCGUCAUUGCAAUAGCCCUAGGGGGCGCCGCAGCUGGCAAGAAUGGUACGACCAACAGCAUCUUCAUCUGUUUCGUCAUCAUUCUGUCAAAUCAUCUCUUCAGAUUCAGGCCUCUUCGGCAACACAUCCUCCAUUUUGUCUAUACGGGGCUCGCCCGGGGGGGCCUGGAAUUUCUGUCGAGCCCUCCGAGCAUGCCGACCUUUCAGGAAAGCUUCUCAACACCCCAUGGAUGGCCCCGCAGCCUCCUGGGAAUUCACAUUUUAGCUCAAGGUGUCGUUCGCAUCAUUCGACGAUCUCUAUCUCGACGGGAUGCAGCCCAAUCGCUGCCAACCGGCAAGAAGACUGACCCCGAAGCCGGCGUUCACCUCCAGCGCACUUCAACCGCCACCAUCGAUUCCAAUGCCGAAGUUCCUAAUUCUUCGAGUACCGAUGGCCGUCCGCCUGGGCCAUCGCCCGCAACGCAUACACACAAGGACAAGGCGAGUAGUAGCCGGAGGAAGAGGAAGCAGGCUACACAUGUUCGUAGUCAGCAGCCGUUUUGGGCUGCACUUGCGAGUACAAAAGUCACAGUUCUUAAAGAGAUGGAAAGCAGCCGAGCGGCGAACGACGCCGGGGAGGCUAACGCGAAAGACGCUAAUCACAUUGGAAACGCUGUUUGGAGAUUGGAAGACGACCGUGUUUGGAUUUCAGAAGUCGGGCAUUCCGACAUUUCUUUUCGAGUCAGUUUGUGUGGGAGUGGAGACUUUGAUGACGUUCAAGAGCAGGUUGGGGGUAGUGGUUCGGGCAUUGACAAGUCGAAGCCUUUCUACAUCCGUGUCAACGGUGCGGAUUGGAGUUCAACCCGGAUUCGAUCGACCCUGCCGGAAGGGUACCCGGGCGAGGAGAAGAAUGGCGUAUGGGUGGGAGAGAUUUUCGGUCUGACGGGCCUAUCAAACUACCAUUGCGAGUUUGUGCGGACCAAAGACCGCGAAGUCUUCUAUUCCACCAGCCUGAUCACUUCUCCGAGCCCGGUCACGGAGCAAGCAAUUGCCUCGGUCGCAUCACCUCCACCUCAUCAGACAUUGAGACCUUCUUCACCCACGACAACCCUGAAGAACUCAAUCGCCGCCGCCGACCAACAGUUACAAGAGCAACGGAACCGACUCAAGCGGAACAAGAAAGACCACAAAGCUGCACUCACUGCCACCAAGAAAGAGGUCGAUACCCUAGGUACCCGACUGGCAAAUGCAGGAGGCAGUGACGAGCGCCAGCGCCAGCGAGUGAUGCAGUUCACGCAAAACAUCCGUCAAGCUGAGGAUGCCGCUGCUGAUAUCGCUAUCAAAAUAAGUUCCAUGGGCGAGAUUCCAGCCGAAGAAACGGAGGAAGCUGCUGUCAAGAAGCGGGAGUGGAAGAAGGAGCGAGACAACAAAGAAGGUGUGUCGACGGAAUUCGAUAACGCCAAAGCAGAAAUCGAACGCCAGGUCCGCAGCGUCGAGUCGGAUAUCACCUCAGCCGUCCAGAAGCGCGAACGCCUUCAGCAGCGUCAAGCCAAGCUCAAUGACCAGCACGACCGUCUCAUUACAGCCAACAAAGAGGGUUACACUGCCAAGCAACGCAAGGAGCAGGAACGCCUGGCGCUCCAUCAAGAAAGGCUACAGGUUGAGGCACAGUAUCGCAGCAACAUCAACAGCUUUGAGCGCCGCGCGAACGACUACUACAUGGCUACUGGGCAGAUCGAGCAGACAAUCCAACACUUUGAGACCAUUCUCUCGCAGUCUCAAAACAUGUCUGUUCCUGCUACGCCUGAAGGUCAUCUUCCAGGCACCAACAACAUGUCUCCUUACACGCACCCUUUCCAGAGCUUCACGUUCCCUCUCUACAACGACGGUCGAGUCAACAGCACACCAGGUUCUCUCCGUGGCGGUCGCGGACGCUCUUCUUCUAUGCUCUCCAAUAUCUCCGGCUUCACAGAUGGCUUCGAUGACAACAUGCACUCACCCUCUGGCAACAUUCUCGGCAACCCUUGGAACGCACCCGGGUUGCUUAACGGAGGACAUGGAAGUCAUGGCAGUGGCAGUCUCAGCUCUGGUACAUCGAGUCAAAGCUCCAGUCAGCGCGAUCCGAUGAGUCCCGUGCCUACCAACAAGCCCAUGAUGGCACGGAGCCCGACGGGUGGUAGUGGUGCGUAUAUGAGUCCAGUUGGCACAGGUCGUUAGGUCCAGAUCUCUAGGUAGUCGUCUUCCAAUGUGAUUUUUGUUUUUGGUGUGGAUUACAAUGGCUCUUUUGCUGGUCCAAGUGAUACGUGUGCUGUGGAUGGUUUGCAGUGUCAGCAGCGUAGCUUCAUUGAUGGCAGACGUGCAUGAGGAUAUCCGACGAAUCUUAAGGUACAGUGGC